AUGGUCCGCCUCAAGAACCGAUAUCUGCUCAUAGAUAUCCUCUACCCAGAUCCGGCAACAUGGCCCUCCACCACGCCCAAAUCCACAAGCACAUCUACCUCCGCACAACUGGCCAUCCACUCGCCCACAUCCGACGCGCUGACACCGGGCCUGCUCGCAAAGAUGAUUCGUGAGGAAGUCAGCGAGCUAUAUGGUGAUUGCGGUGUAGGAAAAUUGGGUGGUGCUUCUGCAGGAGGAAUUAAUGUCAAAUACCUCUCCCCCGCAACAUCAACCGCCAUUCUCCGCUGCCCCCGCGCAUCCUUCCGCCUCGUCUGGUCCGCUCUUACAUAUAUGUCGCAUGUUCCCUCCACAAACGGCGAUGCAUCUCAGAAGCGACCAAACGGAGGUCGGGAACGGGGAUGUGUAUUCCGGGUUUUGAGAGUGUCGGGAACAAUGAAGAAGGCUGAGGAGGAAGCUAUUCGGCGGGCAAGGAGGGAGAUUGUUCGGAUUAGAGGAGUCGAGGAGAAGGGUGUGUUGGGGGAUUUGGUUUCGGGUGUUGGUGGGGGGAAGGAAGUGGCCAUGCAGGGUGUUAUGGACGUGAGUGAUGAUGAGAUGGAAGACGAGGAUUGA